AGUGUAAGGUUUAUGAUUAUUUAUAUUAAUAUGAUUAUAUAGAGUGUAAGGUUUCUGAUUAUUUAUAUGAUUAUAUAGAGUCCUGUACAUAUUAAGAAUUAUUAUUAAAUAUGAGGUUUAUAUUGCAAACCAUUAAAAUAUUGUUAAGUUAUAAAUCCAACAGUUGACAAAUGUCGUCAAUAGAUGUCACAGGCCAACAAAAUUACAUCGCGGUAGCGUUGUGUGUAAAAAUUUGUAUAAGAAGUCCAAAGUAAUUAUGAAUAAAUCAAGAACCAAACGCAUCAAUGUAAAAUUGGCAGAUUAAAGCAAAGUGUGAACAAAGUUAGCCUGUUUAAUUUAUAUGUCUGACACCCAAAAGGUCAGAAGCGGGAUAAAUAAGGCUCUAGAAAACUAACCUUACUACGCCCACGGAUCGGUAGAACUUACGCUCAUCAACUGUGACGUGGAGGACGACACUAGCCGAGGAGAAGGGUCUGGUGCUCGGCUAGUAAGAGGAAGUGGCUUAAUGAUAAAAGGAGCCCAUGUGCUUAGUCGAGGGGAAGGACUAACACAUAGGGAAUGACCAAGGAGCAUCCGAGGCUGAGGAUGUAGGUCACAUGUGCUUAGUCGAGGGGAAGGACUAACACAUGGGAGUGACCAAGGAGCAUCCAAGGCUGAGGGUGUAGGUCAACAGGGAAGGAUUGGGAGGAUGAGCUCGCGGAUAGAGCAAGGAGCAUCCGAGGUUAGGAUGUAGGGUCCAUGUGCUUAGUCGAGGGGAAGGACUAACACAUGGGAGUGACCAAGGAGCAUCCGAGGUUAAGGAUGUAGGUCAACAGGAAAGGAUUAGGAGGAUGUGCUCGAGGAUAGAGCAUGGAGCAUCCGAGGUUGAGGAUGUAGGGCGACAGGAAAGAAUUAGAAGGAGGAGCUCGAGCAUAGAGCAAUCGGUACCAUUUGAUAAAAUGGACAAGGACACGAUGAUUCGAAGAGAACGGUUGCGUGGAAAGCGAUCGAGUGAACGACGAUCGCGUAAGCAGCGGUCGAGCAGGCAACAAUCAAGCGGCUCUGACGACAGGGACGAAUACGAAAGAAGGAGAUGGAAAACAAGGACAAGGACAGGACAGAGGAGACGGCAUGUGUCUUCCUCUUCAGGAUCUGAUAUGGGGUCACCGCAGCUUCCGCGCAAGGUUAAGCGUGGUAAGGAGGACGACUGUUCAGAUACAAAGGUAUUAGUAGAUAAAUUCUUGAAUAUUCUUGACAAAAUAAAAGGUUCAGAUAAGCCCAAACUUACGUUCAACACAAAUGUUAUCCCCGAAUUUGACCCAAUGGCAAAGGAACAAACUAUCCUUACUUGGCUGACGAAAGUGGAAGAAUGUGCUCACAUAUAUGGGUGGGAAGACAGGGAAAUUAUCCACUAUUCCUUGCCCAAGCUUUCUGGUGUCGCUAAAACUUGGUAUCAGGGCUUAUCUAGCCUAUUAUUUUACAUGGACUGAGUGGAAACAAAAACUUAUAGAAUCUUUUCCCCAAAGCGAGAACUAUACUGAGUUAUUGCAUAAAAUGUUAGCAAAAACAGUUAGAUACGGUGAGUCGUUUGAACAUUACUAUUAUGCGAAAAUGAACUUGUUAAAUCGUUGCAAAAU